UACGAUCAGGCAUUCUCUUUAACCAAGUUUAAGGCAAACAUCGGUAAUCAGGACUCAGCAUUGAAAUCAUUGUUCAUAUAUUAAAUACAGCAAUAGUUAUCGACGUCAUCCACACAGAGGCGACCCGAGUUUUUCGUCGUAGGAAAAUCUAAUUAGUCGCUGCCAACAGUUUGAACGCGCAACACCAGUUUCUAGUGACUGUUUACUAAGUGUCUCCCAAAUGGAUUACCCGUACUUGGGCCAACAUAACUCUUUCGAUGCAUCGUGUACUCUACCUGGGAUGGAGUCAGCACUCCAGAACUGUAAUAUUCCUUGCAGUUAUGGAGAUUCGAACCCUUUCGGACAGAUGGCGGCACAAGGGUAUCGGUACAACGGGGUGCGGUCGUUUCCACCCGGUCCGGCUAUGGGGUCAGCUUCCUGCAGCAUGAUGCCUCGACCACGAGAUCCGACACAACCUGCUGUAUUUCCUUCCGGGCUUUCGUACAAGAUGUACCAACACAGUCACGAGAAUGGCAUCAGUCCUGAGAAACGGAAACAGCGGCGUAUCCGCACAACGUUUACCAGCGCUCAACUAAAGGAGCUUGAGAAAGCCUUCUCAGAGACACAUUAUCCUGAUAUAUACACACGAGAAGAAAUAGCCAUGCGUACUGAUCUCACAGAAGCAAGAGUACAGGUAUGGUUCCAGAACCGCCGAGCAAAGUUCCGUAAAAUGGAGAGAGCUAAACAACAACAGCAGAACCAAUCACAGCCACAGAGUCCGCCAGUAAAACAAGAAAACAACACUGGAAACAGCAGCAAUAAUAACAAUAACAGUAAUAAUAGUAAUAACAACAACAAUAACAACAAUAAUAUUAACAAGGACAAACCUAAACCAUUGGAGGACACGCAAGCAAAAUCUCCAAACGAACCACCAAAAUGGUCAAAUCAACUCAGUAACGCCAACAAGAUGACGUCAUCAAUGUUGGGCGUGCCUGCACUUCCGGGACCUUAUUCCAGUAUCCUAUCUUCGUCAGUUUCUGACUACCCACAGAGUGCAAUGGACACGAAAAUACCCAUAUCGGCGCCAAUGUUUUAAUAUAUAAUCUCAUUUCAUAUUGGUCAUUUUCUGAUGGUGAAUGAAAAUAAACAGCAAGGGAGGCAAAAGUACCAGCCCAUAAAAUGGAAAAUAUAAUGUUUGUGAUGGGCCUUUAACAUGAGAUAGAAAGGCGAGUUACAUUAUGGGUCGAAAGUGGUACACACUCUAUGGCUAUGGACAAGGGAACUUUGCAUCGUAUGAAUACAGGAAGCAGAUAGGGAAAGUGCGAACACAGAGACUAAUUCGUUUGUUCUUUAAAAACUAUUUGUGGGUGUAUCUGAUUGCUUUUUACUACUGUGAGUAGUUGAUUUAACUGAACUUAGAGCUGGCACUGUACUAACAACAGUGAGGCAUAAUAUCAUUACUAAUUUCAUCAUUUUGGCCUAGCUGAUAUAUAAAGAAGUCCCCCUCCCCUUUUUGAAAUAACAUUUAUACUACCUGAGUUUUACGGAAAAGAAGCAAAACAAUUCUACUGAACGUCAAGGGAAUGAACAUAAAUAAACUGCCCGAGAACAAAUUGGUAUGCAUUCACAUCUUUUAUAUUUAUAUGUGAAGUGACAAGAAAAUUUCUCAGCACAAAAGCGUCACUGCAUAUUGCAUUAUUGAACUGCAUUAAAACAUCCUGUCUCAAGUAGUUACUCAUGUCUCCCUCCUACGGUACAGAAAGAACUAUCCCAAUUUUGUGCAACUGAACAAAAACUAAACGAUUCUGGAAACCAAAAAUUAAAGACAAGAGUGAUAAAAUACGUUAUUUAUUUCGACACAUUUUACUAUGCACAACAUUCUGAUGGUUUCCAGUAGGAACAUUUAGGCUUUAUUUAUAUUUCUGCGGCGCUUUCUUGCAUUUUCAGGAACCUUUGUCGCACAUGUCAAAUUUUCUUUCGUUGCAAUAUUUUAAGAAUACAAAUUACUAAUAAAUUGAUCACGCUUUUUUUUUCAAACGUACUAACUUGAAACUUUUAUCUUCACUUGUAUAACAUGUAAGUAACCGAAUGCAAACAUAGCUUUUCAUGACCUUUGCAAAAUUGUGCAUACUUAAAUGGACAAUGUGUAAUACGCCACUAUAUUUUCUAAAUUUUAUUAGCGAAAUAAAAAUGCAUCAAAUACUUUUUAGAACUAUUGUUUUAAACAAUACUCAUUACUGAAAGAGAGAUUAAAAGUUAUGAAAGGUUACUAAAAUUAGAACACAGAUCCAUUUAUACAUACAAGUUAAGUGAAGAUUCAAAUUUAUUGUUUCAACGUUUACAUUUUCUCGAUUUAUUUUUGAAGUUGAUAUAGGUCAAUAUAACUUUUUGUAUGAAUGCUUGUGCUACGGUUUCAGAUGAAGCUGUGAAACACCACUUGUUUACAUAUAUAUAGUACUUGCCGUUCCGUUAUGAUUCAUGUAUACAUUGUGCCAAAUAUUGAUAGAGCUUCCAUUCAAAUUUAUAUGAUUAGUAUUGUCGAUAUUCCACUGAAAAUUGUACCAAAUAUUGACAGAGCUUCCAUUCCUACCUUUAUGAGACGCAUGUUUUAUAUAACAUUGAACAGUGUUUCAAAUAUCGAUAAAUUCACCUUUCUAAAUGUAUAUGAUUGGUAUUUUCAAUAUUCCACCGGAAAUUGUCUCAAAAUACGGAUGGAGAAUCCAUUCAAAAUCAUAAAGCAAUAUGAUGGUCAUUUUCAAUAUACACUGGACAUUGUACUAAAUAUUGAUAGAACUGCCAUUCAAAUUUACAUAUGUAUAUGAUAAGCACUAGACUUUAUGAGGAAAAGACAGAUUUAUGUAAUUAGUAUUCAAUAGUCCACAAAUAUAACCAGAGAAACCUUUAAAACUUAUUAAAUGACAAGGAUUUCCCGCUAAACAUUGUGCAAAGUAGUGACAAAAAUUUCGUUGAAACUUAUUUGAUUGCCAUUUUCAAUAUUCCACUGGACAUUGCGUUAAGUAUAGACAGAGCUUUUAUUAAAAUGUAUAUGAUUUAUACUGGACAUUGUAAAAAAUACUGACAGAGCUUCCGUUCAGUUUUAUCUGAUAAGCAUUUAAAAUUUUCCACUAUGAAUUGUGCCAAAAUAUUGUUAGAAAUACCAUUCAAAUUUAUACGAUUAGCAUUCAGUCCACUGGACAUCGUGCCAAAUAUUAUCAGAGAUUCCAAUAAAACUUAAAUAAUUAACAUUUUAAUAUUCCAUUGCACACUGUGCCAAAUAUUGUUAGAGAUACCAUUCAAAUUUAUACGAUUAGCUUUUAGUGCCAAAUACUAUCAGAGAUUCUAUUAAAACUUAAAUAAUUAACAUUUUCAAUAUUCCACUGGACAUUGUGCCAAAUAUUGUUAGAAAUACCAUUCAAAUUUAUACGAUUAGCACUGGACAUUGUGUCAGAGAUUCCAUUAAAACUGACUGAUUUACAUUUUCAAUAUUCCACUGGAAAUUGUGCCAAAUAUUGACAAUAUUUCUGUGAAACUUAUAUAGAUGGCCUUUUUUCAAUAUUCCACUGGACAUUGUGCUAAAUAUUGAGAGCUUCCAUUUAAAUACUUAUAUAUGAUCAACAUUUGCAAUAUUCAACUGGACAUUUUCUCAAAUAUUUUUGAUCUUUCAUUGUAAUAGGAAUCUAGUCAAGCAAUCAUAUAUUUGUCUGCAAAUACAUUUUUGUGACAUGUUUAAUACAUUGUAAGACGUUUGUCUUUCAUCUUAUCCUAACUCUAUUUCAUUUUACAUUUCUUUUGGAGUUAUCUUGUCACAGUAUCAGACUGAGUUGUCAUUGUUACCCAAUUACAUAACUAUUGCACAUUUUUAACUGUGUUUCAAGACAAUGAUCUGGCAAUUAAUUAUGAAAGUUAACACGAACAGUAUAGCCAAACAAAGUGUUGAGCAUCCUCUUACCAGAACAGCAAGUUUCUAACCUUUGAUUUGUGACUAGUAAAAUAUGCUUUUACACGUCUCAUCGUCAGAAAAAUCUGCAGUUGGUAUUGUCUUUGUUACGGAAAGGUGUUUGCAGCCAGUCUUUACGACUUACCGUUUAUAUUUUGAUAUUGUGUAUACUUUUUCGUCAGUUAUUUAGACCGUCUUCCAUGGGACUCAUCUUGCAUUUUACAUACAGUAAUAUUUAGAAUUCAAAGGGUACUCAUUUAUUUUUUUUUGUAAUAUGUGUCGUUCUUCCAUAUAUAAUAUUUCAUUGUAAAUAAUUAUCGUGCAUA